GGGGGCCAUGGGGCAGGUGCUGCCGGGUUUCGCCCACUGCAAAGAAGCUCCAUCCACGGCCUCUUCCACGCCGGACUCCACGGACGGUGCCAACGACGACUCCGACAUCCGCGAGCUGCUCACCGCCCGCGAGUUCUCCGAGGACGAGGAAGACGAGACCCCGUCGGUGGACUGGGCCUCGGCCCGGGAGCUGACCUUCUCCUACAUCGCCUUCGGGGGGGACGGCGGGGCGGCGGGGGCGGCGGGGGGCCGGCGAGACCGAGACCCGGCCCAAGCGCGCCGGCCCAAGGGCCCGGACCGCUCAGGGCCGCGGGAGCCGGGGCCACCGGGCCUGGGGGACGGCCUGGGGGACGGCCUGGGGGACAGCCUGGAGAGCAUCCCCAGCCUCAGCCAGUCUCCGGAGGCCGAGCGCCGCGCCCCGCCGGGGGCCCGGGAUCUCCGCCACCCUCCUCGGGGCCCAGACCCCCCUCGCCAUCAGCGGCUGCCGCAGCUGGACUGGGACCCUCGCGGGACGCCCCAGGAUGGGGGUCAACCCUGGGACUCCGCAGGCUCCCGCCCCCUCACUCCCGAGCCACCCCAGGAUCUCGGGGCCCUGGAGCUGGGAGAGACCAGCCAAGCUGGGCGCCCGUGGCCCCCACCAUCGGGGCUCCUGUUGCCGGAGGCCUUAACUCCCCAGCCCGACCCCGGGCCCCAGACCCCGCCGACCCCGCCUUCGCCCGGGCCCCGCACCCAGGACUCUUGGGAGGAGGCUGAGGAAAUGGAGGAAGAGGAGGAAGCCGAGGAUGCAGGCAGCCUGCCGGAACUGGAACCAAUGACGAUGCAGCUCCGGGAUGGAAACUCCCAAUCAGGGGUCAGUCUGGAAAGGCCCGUCCUCGCUGUCCCCCCCCCCCCCCGUCCCCGGUCCACCCGCUCUGUGGGCAACAGCAGGACUCCCGGUCUAGAACAGCCAGCGCGGCCCACAGCCGGAGCAGAGAUGGGCAGCAAAGUGGCGGACCUGGUGUACUGGCGGGACACGCGCACGUCCGGCCUGGUGUUCACGGGCCUCAUGGUGUCCCUGCUCUGCCUCCUGCACUUCAGCAUUAUCUCUGUGGCCUCCCACGUGGCCCUGGCCCUGCUCGGGGGCGCCAUCUCUCUCAGGGUUUACCGCAAGGUGCUGCAGGCCGUGCACCGCUCUGAUGGGGCCAACCCCUUCCAGGCCUACCUGGACGUAGACCUGGCGCUAAAUCGGGAGCAGACUGAGCGCUAUGCGCAACAGAUCGCCACCCACGUGGUCUCCACGGCCACGCUGCUGCGGCACCUCUUCCUGGUGGAGGACAUCGUGGACUCUCUUAAGCUGGCGCUCCUGUUCUACAUCCUGACCUUCGUGGGAGCUGUGUUCAAUGGGCUGACCCUCCUCAUUAUGGGUGUCAUCAGUGUCUUCACGUUCCCGCUGCUGUACAGACAGCACCAGGCCCAGAUCGACCAGUACGUGGGAUUAGUGACGAACCAGCUGAGCCACAUCAAGGCCAAGAUCCGAGCUAAGAUCCCAGGGGUCGGAGCCGUGGCCAGUUCCAAAGCCAAAGCCGAAUAAGCCGCCACCUCCCGCCUGGCCGAUCCGAUGGCCCUCCAGCUGCGGAUGACCCCGGUUCCGCCCCUCCUAACGGUUUCUGGUCUCUACAGCCCGGGCCCAGCCGACCCUCCCCGCCCCGGGGGAAACGACAGGCCCAGGCCACUGGAUGCACCUGCCUUCCCUUCCCUUCCCUCUUUCCUUUCCCCUUUCCUUUCCUUUCCUUUCCCUUCCCUUCUUCCCUUUGCAGGGGUGCAGUCCGGCGGCGGGGCAGGGUGGGUUUGGGGAAUGUUUGCAUUUGGGAAUGGAUGGAGGGGGACUGCAGGGGCGGCCGGGCCCUCUGCCCGGACUACACUUCCCAAAAGGCCUUGCGGCAGAAGCCGGGGCAGGCGAGGCGCUUUGGCCGCUCGGCAUGCUGGGAUUUGUAGUUCUUUAGCAGCGGGGCCCGAGCGUCGAGGCCCACCCGCAGCCUCCCUCCUGCUUCUCCUCAGGGCGUGGGUGCGGGGCUGCCGGGGGUUGCGGGUUUUGCGGGGCGCCCAGAGCUUGGAUUUACACUUUAAUAAAAACUCUU